AUGGCGCGCCGAAGAAAGGAGGAGAUCGACGAAGAAGCACGCAUCGUGGACGCCAAGCUCAUGGUUCUCCGCAUGAAGGAACUAGAGUUCGAGAGGAUCUUGCACGAGAUGCGCCGAUUGAGGGAGUCGACGGGUUCGGAGAGGCGGGCUUUGGAAGCAAGACAGCAGGAGCUUCAGACAGAACGUCAGCCUGUCAACUGGCUGCCUCCGGAGCUGAUCAUCCACAUCUUUCUCGCGUUCGUGGAGAGUGGCUCGGGUCACCCCGCGGAGGUGUACCACCGGGAGCCUGUCACGCUCUCGCACGUAUGCUCUCGGUGGCGCUCUAUCGCGCUCAGCACGUCGCAGCUGUGGACACGGAUUUGCGUUCAGGGCGAGGCUUGGAACGCCCGGCCCAUCGUCACGUUCGUCGCACGGUCGGGCAGAUCCCCUCUGUCGGUUAUAUUCGCCCCACCACACAACCUGCCUGAUGGUCACGAGCAUCGACGAGCCUUGAAACUGCUCCAACACGUGGAAGUCGAUUUUGAGCGGAUGCGCAGCAUCGUCUUUCACUCCCAAGGGACCGAGGCCAUGCAGCAGUUCAUCAGCGUGCUCACACGACCAAACCACGCCUUCAAAGCGCUCGAAAGUCUCGAUCUUUCCAUAGACGCGAUCGCCGCGUCAUCCCUCCUCCUGCCUACUCUCCUACCGACCCAGCUACGAGAACCCGCGCCGGUAUCUUCGCAUUUGACCAUCCUCCGCCUCACCAAACUCCCUUUAUUCAACAUCCCCAGUCAUUUCCUUCCCAAAUUGCUCACUCUCGAGCUCGAGUUCCCUCCGAAGAAGAUACUGGUGGAGGGCUCGACCUCCUACGUGCUUCGCAUGUCACAGCUCGUUCGCUUCCUCGGAUGUACUCCGAGGCUCGAGGAACUUAUUCUCCUCGACACUUGUCCGUUCAUGGAUGUCACGCUGGAUAGAGAGGAUGCCGUUGAGAUCUCAGCCAAUCACGUGCGGGUAAAGCCAGUUGUACUGCUGCAUCUGCGCUCGCUGCAAUGGUCCUAUCCGUUCGCAAGUGACAUUCACUAUUUUCUCUCGUUCUUUGUCAUCCCGGCUCUCGAGCGUUUUGAUGUUGACGUGGACGAGUAUCCUCUCGUCCGGAACAAUGUCGCCCUGUUGCGAGGUUACUCUGACCACUCAGCAUCGCAGCUUUUCGCUCAAAACCGCGUCAUCGAGCUCUCCAAUCUGCGCGAGAUCACAUUGCAAUGUCUGAACGAGGAGACUGUAGGCAGUGUCCUGCGCAAGUUCGGGUUUCCGGUGCUCGAGAAACUCGACAUCGGUCACGUGAGCGGUUCCAUUCAGAGCGGCCGCAACAGGGCCAAGGAGGCGCUACCCACCUUUCCUCGAUUGGAGUCGAUGUUCAGAGACCCGCGCCUACCAGGACUGACCCAUCUCACCAUCUGCCACUUCGAGAUAUCGGCGGAACUGGGCAAAGCGGAGGCCAUGUUGGGUUAUCUGCCGAAUCUUGUUUCGCUCACUCUCGAUAACUGUCUCGGCGUCGGCAAGCUCUUUGAAUGCCUGUAUCAACUCUCGGCUGUUUCUGGUAGCAUUACCAGGGUCUGUUCUCAUCUGGAUUCUAUCGAGCUGUGGCGCUGCUCAGAUGUUGAUGUGCUCCCUCUCAUAGCCAUUGCAUCGAUGCGCAAUGGGGCUCACAGUGCCCUGAACUCCCAGUCCCGCAGACUCCAAUUUAUCAAGCCCAAGGCGCGGCCGAUGAAGAAGCUUCCGAGACAGGCGGUCGGGAACAAACAAGAGUUGGACCAGAACCUGCCUGCACGGCUCCGGCAUGUUCGCAUUGUGGGAUGUGCCUUAAUCGACGAAGAUCACGCGGAAUCACUCCGGGCUAUGGGCGUGGAGACUGUCCUCUGGACUUCAUUCUAG